CCGCUCUGACAGCGCUCACAGCUGAUGAGAGACCCCGGGAUCGCGCGCUGGUCGACCCUGCUCGAACUUGCGCAUGUACACACAUGUAUAUGCACGUCCUCCUCCCCACCCCGCCCUGCGUCCACGCCGCGCGGGCGCCACAGCCCACCGCGUCGGGCGCGAGCACCGCAAUCGGCCUUGCUGUGCUGAGCUCGGUCGUGCUCGUGCACGAGGCUGGACACUUCUCGGCUGCGGCCGUCCAAAAGAUGCGGGUGGAGGAGUUCUCGAUCGGCUUCGGACCUCGUAUAUUCGCCCUAAGGCCCAGAGAGGGAGGAGUCCGCUACGUGCUCCGCGCACUUCCGCUCGGCGGCUAUGUCGCCUUUCCCAGAGCCGGAGAGGCCGCAGCGGCUGCGGCAGUGCAGAGCGCGGCGGAGGACGAGGGCCGCGGCUGGCGCUGGUGGCGGCAAAAUCCCUCUCCUCCUGCGCCGCCGCCUGGCGCCUUCGAUGCUUCUGACCCCGCGUUGUUCGAGAACCGGCCGUUUCCUCAGCAAGCAGCGGUGGUGAGUGCCGGCGUGAUCGCGAACCUCCUGCUCGCGUGGUCUGCCCUCUUCGGCUCCGCAGUCUCGCUCGGCGUGCCUCCAAGUCCGCCCGUCACCGUCUCGCGCGUGGUCGCCGGCGGAGCCGCAGACGCGGCCGGGCUGCGGCCAGGCGACAGGCUGGUGGCACUCAACCAGCGCCGGAUCGCAGAGAGCGCCGACCCGCUCGGCUCGUCGCUCGGAUCGAUCCGGACCGCAGUGAGCCGCAGCCGCCCGCUGAAGGCCACGGUAGAGCGGUCCGGCCGCACGCUCACCCUUGCCAUCGCGCCGCCGCCUGCCACCGCGCGCACGAUCGGGGUCGUGCUCUCGACGCCGCCCGAGCCGGCCCGCUCUCCUCGCGUGCCGCUCCCGCCCGGCCAGGCGGCGGGCCGCGCGUCCGAGCUCCUCGCCCGCAACGUGCAGGCGAUCGGCUCCUCGCUCCUGCCAGCCCUCCGCGGCGCGCUCGGCGGCGGCGGCGGCGGCGGGCUGCAAGGCCCGCUCGCGAUCUCCUCCACCGCGGGCAAGAUCGCAGAGAGGGAGCCGGCGCUGCUCCCCGAGUUUGCCGCGCUGCUCUCGGUCAACCUUGCCGUCUUCAACGCGCUGCCCCUCCCAGGCCUCGACGGCUUCCAGCUCCUCCUCCUCGCCGUUGAGGCGAGGCGCGGCCGCAAGCUCGACGAGGGCACCCGCGCGACCAUCGACGCGGCCACCGCCGCGCUCUUCCUCGUGCUUGUCACGCGCGUGCUGCUCAGCGAUGUCGGCGCUCUUGGCUCGGGGCCGGCCGCCGCCGCGCCGUCGCUCUCCGCGCCGCAGUUGGCCGUGGUCGGCGCCGUCGUCGCCGGAGCCGUGCUCUUCGGCAGCCCGGCCGACACGGGCGGCGAGGAUGGUCCCGCCGCCCAACCUCGCUCGACGAAGCGUGCCGGCGCCAGGCGCGCUGGACGAGGGGCGCCUCUCGGCCGCAGCCCCGCUCCCCAACGAGCAGGCGAGGAGAGUCUAAGGGGUUCCGUCGCGCGCGUGUUGCAGCGGCUCGUGGGGGGCGCCGAUUGAUGAUCGGUUCGGAAGAGAUUGUAUAUCGCGAUUCUACCGGUGUGGGUGCGCGGCUGAUCCCGAGCGGAGAACGCCGGCGCGACACGCGUGGGGGCUCAUUCACUUUGACACCCUAUAUGUGAAAUGUGUGUGUCGGCCGAGACCGCGCGAGAGCGAGGGGACGGACGGAGAGAGCGAGAGA